AUGGGGCAGAGAUACUUUGUCCGCGAAGCCAAGACCAAGCAAGAGCUCGACAGCAUUCUGGACGUCAUCUGGGCUGCCAACUAUACGCCGUACGAACCUUUUAUGCAGCUCUUGUUCCCUGUUCUGGGCUACACGGCUGCCCAUCGCGAGGCCGCCAUGAGCGAAUCGAAACAACGCUUCUGGCAACAGCACCAGGCGGACGAGACGAUCCAUUGGUUCUAUGCAUUCGACACGGUUACCAGCAGAGCCGUUGGUUGCGCACAGUGGGUGGUUUCGACGACAAAUCCUUUUGCAGCAGGCGUGCCGGAGCUGACAGCGCCGUGGUGGCCCGAAGGCGAAUAUCGGAGCUUUUGCGAGUCGAUACUGAAUCAGGUGUACAAGCCUCGUGCGAAUUGGAUGGCGCGGCCCCAUUGUUCACUCAACUGGAUGGCUGUGGAUCCUGCUCAUCGGCUCCGGGGUAUCGGAUGUCUGCUGAUGGACGUGGGUGUUAUGCGUGCCGACGAGCUCGAUCUGGAAUGCUGGCUGGAGGCGUCGGCCAUGGGGAAACCGCUGUAUGAGAAGUUUGGCUUCCAGUCGCUGUUGAAGAUUGCCUUUGACACGGACAAGGCGAAUGCAAGCGACGAGUGGAGAAAGAGUGCACAUGAGCUGACUCCUGAGCCAAUCUACGCAAUGUGGAGGCCAGCAAAGACAUGGCGACAGAGUAGUCAAGGCGGGCUGCAGAUGCCGUGGAUGCUGGGUACGCGGCUGUGA